GCUGAUUUUUCCAUCAUUUUUUCGCGAACGAAGGAAUAGAAUACGUUUGAUACGUGCUCGAGGAAGUGUGUUAAUUCAUUGUAAAUUUAAUAUUUUUAACUAAAAGUAUUUAACAAAUAUACCGUUUUUUUUUGAAAAAAUGUCGAGUUUGCCAAUUCUAUUGAACUUGAUUGACGAGUUGGACAACCCCUUGUACUACGGCAACGAUUUCGGAUUGGGAUUGCACCCGCACCACAUUCACCGUCAUCGCCGGCACAAUGAACCGGCUGCUUCAAAUCUUCUUGGCUAUACACUGCCGCUAAGCUUAGUAAAUCGUUUAGGUGAACGCCCAUUGAGUCGCCGAGGCCGCCAGGGCGAAGGUAAAUUGUCGGUGGUAGGAAAAGAUGGUUUACAAGUGUGUAUGGAUGUGGCACAAUUCAAGCCAAGUGAGCUGUCUGUGAAAGUCGUUGACAACAGCAUUGUUGUCGAGGGCAAGCACGAGGAGCGAGAGGAUGAGCAUGGGUACAUUUCACGACACUUUGUCCGUCGAUAUGCACUACCAAAGGGGUAUAACGCCGAUAAUGUAAUUUCCACGCUGUCGUCAGACGGUGUUCUAACAGUCAGUGCUCCUAAGCCACAGGAGGAAGCAUCGAAUGAACGUGUUGUACAAAUUCAACAGACUGGUCCAGCUCAUUUGAAUGUUAAACAAAAUGCAGAAGAGAAGAUCGGAGAUGCCAACGGAGAGGCUGAAAAGAAAUAAAUCGUGGCUGAAAGUUUGAAAGAUAACUCAUA